AGUCCCUUUAAAAAUAACAUGAAUGUGAUGCUUUUACAAUUUUGAAGUUUCAUUGUGCAGUGUGUAGCUAACUGUUGCCAGAGAAAAACUGGUGAAACAAUCUGGACACUAGUAUUGCUCUAUCUGACAAUUUGUAUGAUGCAGGGAUUUUAAAGGCAGUUGCUGUAAUAUGGUAGAGAACUAACUAUUUGGAUCAAAUCGGACAUUUAGAGAGGACAGGAACAUUGAAAAGUGUGAAGGGUUUUAAUUUGUUUGAUAUACCAGCUGAUAGUCUUAAAUUUUACCAUAAAAUAGAUUACCAUAAAAUGCAUUUUAAUUUGAAUUUGUAUUGGUAUCAAAGUGGACAGAAAUGAUAUCACAGCAAUAUUGUGAUUACUGAAUUAUUAGUUGGAUGUUAUAAAUUGCUCGUUUUUUUGUAUUUGAAGAACUAAAUAUUGGACUUUGGUUUUGUUGGGAUUGAGGUUGAUAAGCGUUCCAAGAUCAUGGAGACUAUUUGUUUGGAAUUACACAACUCAUCUUCAAAGCUGCUAAAUGAUUCCCCACCCCAUGGUCAGGUUGUCAGCCUGACAAAAGAUGAGCAGCGUGAGAUGUUACUCACUCAGUACCAGCAGUGCAUGUGUAAGAUGUACACAGAGCCAGUACAGCUAGAAGGUGUGUUCUGUAACCGGACCUGGGACAACAUCAUGUGCUGGGACGACACGUCUGCUGGUACCACCGCCUUCCAACGUUGCCCUGGUUACAUAAACAGCUUCACCAUGCGCAAUUUUGCGUCUCGAACUUGUCUGACCAAUGGUUCAUGGUUGGCCCAUCCAAGUGUUAAUGGAAGUCGAGUGAAUGGCUGGACAAACUACUCUGCCUGCCAGACCCGACACGUUGAAGACAGCCUCACGGGCGGGCUGGACCAGCACAAUGUUCCAAGAAUAUUCAUGGAACACUUUGAGCAGUUACAGCUGAUGUACAAUAUUGGAUAUGCCACAUCCCUUAUAUCCCUUAUAGUUGCAUUGGGUAUCAUGGUAUUCUUCAGGAAACUCCGUUGCUCCCGCAACACUAUCCACCUCAACCUGUUUGCCUCGUUCAUCUUGCGAGCUGCCAUCAGUCUUAUAAAGGAUAACUUCAUGGUCAAAGGCCUUGGUUUUCCUAUUGACGUUACACAGAAUGAAACUGCAGACUCUGUGGUUUUCAAUGAGGGAUCUCACUUUUCCUGUCGCCUGUUUUUUGCAAUUUUCUACUACUCUGUGGCCUGCAGCUAUAUCUGGAUAUUUAUAGAGGCCGCCUACCUACACAUGCUGAUAUUCAUCUCUGUGUUCACGGAACGGGUCAAGAUCAAGUGGUUCAUACUCUUUGGUUGGCUGUUUCCAGUUACAUUUAUUGGUGCCUGGUGUAUUGCAAAGUACAGAUUGGAUAACCAUUUUUGCUGGAAUAUUAAUCGACCAGGAUUGGUGUGGAUAAUCCAUGGCCCUAUAAUGAUUUCUGUAGUUCUCAAUUUCAUUUCAUUCAUCAGUAUUAUACGGGUGCUGUAUACAAAACUGGCGUCCAAUCUCUGUCCAGAUUCCAAGAAGCACAGAUACAGAAAGCUUGCACGUAGCACGCUGUUUCUAGUCCCUACGUUUGGCGUCUACUUCAUACUCUUUGCCAUUCCCAUCACUGGCCUCAGCGAGACUCUGGACUUCGUGCAUCUCUUCAUAGAAAUGUUCUUCAACUCUUUCCAGGGUUUCUUCAUAGCCUUGAUGCUGUGUUUUGUCAAUGCAGAGGUAAGGGUCCAGAUUAAGCGACAGUUGGAAGACCUUGGUUUUCUCCGACAUAGUAUCAAGUCUGCACACCGUACCGACUACCUCCGCACACAAUGUGAGUCAUUAAAGGAUACCAAGAGGGAAGAGGCUGUAGGGGGGAUGGAAGAGGAAGAGAUGGAGUUGCAGUGUGGCAUUGCUGAUCUGAGGCCUGCAAAACAGACCAUCAUUGGGGAUGAGAAAGAAAUGCAACCGUUCAUGCAACCGUUCAGUUACAGCAAUUGUGAGAGUGGUUAUGUCUGAGGUGGUUGCUGUUACUGCAUCAUGGUGUUUUUCACAUUUAUGAAUAUUCCUCAUGUGCUGAAUUGUUGUGGUGGUUCUUUUGUUUGACAAGUAGAUGUUGUUGUUUUACUGUACCAGUUAUUAUGCCCCCCUUUGAAGAAGAGGGGGUAUAUUGUUUUGCUCAUGUCGGUCCGUCUGUAGGUCCGUUGGUCAGUCCACCAGAUGGUUUCCGGAUUAUAACUCAAGAACGCUUAGGCCUAGGAUCAAGAAACUUCAAAGGUACAUUGAUCAUGACUGGUAGAUGACUCCUAUUGAUUUUCAGGUCGCUAGGUCAAAGAUAAAGGUCACAUUGACUCUAAAUAGUAAAAUGGUUUCCGGAUGAUAACUCAAGAAUGCUUAUGCCUAGGAUCAUGAAACUUCAUAGGAACAUUGAUCAUGACUGGCAGAUGACCCCUAUUGAUUUUCAGGUCACUAGGUUAAAGGUCAAGGUCACAGUGACUCGAAACAGUAAAAUAGUUUCCGGAUGAUAACUCAAGAAUGCUUACGCCUAGGAUCAUGAAACUUCAUAGGUACAUUGAUCAUGACUAGCAGAUAACCCCUAUUGAUUUUCACGUCACUAGGUCAAAGGUCAAGGUCAUAGUGACAAAAAACGUAUUCACACAAUGGCUGCGACUACAACUGGCAGCCCUUAUGGGGGGCAUGCAUGUUUUACAAACAGCCCUUGUUUGAUAUUAACUCUAUAAAAUGGUGUUCAUUUAUUAUAUAUUCUAGCUUUAAUAUUGACAUAAAAAACUAAUACAUGUGUGCAAUAAUAUUAUGCUUUUGAAUAUCAUAUUUAAAAUCCGUUAUCUUAAAAUAAUUUCAGUCAGGUGCUAUAUUAUGUUCUGCAAUAACCGUCACAUAGAAGUGUAGGUAAAAGGCACUUUAUUGUUUUGUUAAUAUUAUUGUCCCUUACCGGUGAAACCAGAGGGGACUUAUGGUUUGCGCUCUAUCUGUUUGUAAACCUUUUCUGGAUCCUGUGAUAACUUUAAAAGUUCUUCAUGGAUAGAUGGCAAUAUGGAGAUUGUGCAUGCCAUUUCAUUUUGUUCUUACGUCAAGAAUUCUGGUUGCUAUGGAAAUAGAUUAGAAAUUUUAACAAAUAGACUAGAAAUAUUGCUGAAAAUAGUGGAUCCUGUGAUAACUUUACAUGUUCUUCAUAUUUUUUCAUGAAACUUGAAACAUGGAUAGAUAGCAAUAUGGAGAUUUUGCACGUUAUUUCAUUGUGUUCAUAUGUCAAGAAUUCUUGUUGCUAUGGCAACAAAUAGACAAGAAAUAUUGCUAAAAAUGGUGGAGUUUCACUGGUAGGGGACUUAUAUUGCUUGGCAAUAGUCUUGUUACUACAGACUCUGUGCUUUGUCUGCAAGAUGUUUAAUAUUCCAAUAGUGUGUUGUCCCUUUAUGAGAUAAUUGUUGAGUGUGGUAAUUAUAUAAUAAAACAUGAAUAAAUA